AUGGCGCUUGGCCGUUUGCGGUGGGUGUUUUUUGCGCUCUGCUAUGAGACCGUGAGCGGUGUGCCGUCCCGCCGCGCUGGCCAUGCCAUGGUCCCGGACGCUGAAGAAAGGCUUUGGGUCUUUGGAGGCGCAGCAUUGCGGGAUGGUCCCGUUGCAUAUGCCGAGGAGGUCAACGAGCUCUGGCUCUACAAUCCCAAGAACCUGGUGGUAAAGUGGAGCCGGGUGCAAACCUUGGGGGAGCCACCGAUACCACGCCGAGACCACUCGAUGAGCUUUGUUACCGGCACCUUCGGCCCCUCGAUCAUCCUCUUUGGGGGCCGUACCAACGCGUGCAUCUUGGGUGACACUUGGCACCUGUCAGACCGGGCCUGGGUGAAGAUAAGCUCAGAGUCCAUGCCUUCACCUCGCUAUGCUCACACCAUGCAGCCGCACCCUGAUGGUGUUUUCUGGGUGUAUGGCGGUGCAGGGCAAGGCAUUUUCGGUGACCUUUGGCUCGGCAACCUGACCGGGCUAGGCAGGGCAAGCUGGCAAAAUUUGUCAGUCGGAGAUGGGCCCAUGCCCGAGCCACGCAGUUGGCAUGUUCUGGUAAGUAUGGCAAGUUACAACUCGGACACCAUCUGGUUGCAUGGCGGCUUAUCGAGGGACGGGCGGAUUCUUGCAGAUACCUGGUCAUAUAGCGUCCGCGAUGGCUGGCAGGAGCUGCCAGCUGGACCUGCUUGUCACAGCCAUGUCGCCUUCUUUGAGAACGGCUUCUUGUGGAUGCAUGGGGACACCCAAGGUGUACCGCAUCGUUCUGAUCUCUUCCAGUUCGAUGUCCGCAAGGAGACGUGGCAGUUUGUCAAGGUUGCGGGCCAAAAGCCGGGGCCGCUCAUGCACCACGCCGGAGCCCUUGUGGAAGGCCGAAUCUGGCUGCACGGUGGCAAUCGCGAUGGGGACACCUUCAGUGAUCUUUGGUUCUUUAGUGCAACUGAAAACGCAUGGCACCUGGAGGAAACAUAUGACUCUCCAGACAUGGUGAAUGGGAGACACUUUGUAGCCGGCCUUGUUUUGAGCUUGGUAAACUUCUUCGCCGUCCUCGUCCUGGUGAUCAUCCGCUUCGAGCUUAGCUGCUUUCGAUUGCGGGAGCUGGGGUUUCGAGCGCUCACGCAACCUCUUUGGAGCCAGACUUACACCGCCUUCGUCGCGCGGGUUGCUUCAGGCAUGUUGGCAUGUAGCUUCCCCAUUAUUGGGAGCAUGAUUCUGGCCCGAUGGCUGAGCCGAUCUGACACGUCCGAGAACCUCGACCUCUAUGCCUUCCUGGGCCCAGCUGCCUACAGCAUGAUGUCGAUUUGUCUGCUCUCCAUCUUUGUGUGUGCUGUGGGCUGCCGGGCACGGAGGCACCCAAUGGAGUCAUUGGAGGAUCCCAUGUUGCUGGCGACCUUUCUGCUGGAUUCGGACAUCAAGCUCGUCAAUGUGAAGUAUUUGCUGGAGUUAGACAAUGACAAGAAGCUCUGGCCUCGAAGACAGGAAGCAGAGAAGAUCAGGAUGCGAUCUGGGCGGCCGGCCCUGCUGAGUCAUGCAGAGGUGGCUGCUUGGUGCCAGCGGAUGCGGCAGAACCCACAGGAAAAACAGGAACAACAGCGUGUGGUGUCUCUGUCGCACGUCUGGGAAACAAUGCAACACCCUGAUCCUUACGGGUUUCAGCUGGCGGAGCUCGUCAAAGUUCUACAGCGUGCAGAAGGCAAGAUUUUCGGUGUCUUCAUCGACUAUGUGAGCUUGUAUCAGUUCGAGCGCAAGAGCGGGCAUCAGGAGCAUGCUUUCAGUCUUGCUAUGAAGGGCAUGGACAUGCUCUAUACACAUGAGUGGACACACACGGUCCGUGUGCGAUCCUUAACUCCUCAGAACUGGAAGGCUGCCCGGACGGGCAGCGUGGAAGUCUAUUCAAAAGACUCCGGAAAAGUUAUGGAUCGAGAUCCAAGUGAGCUAACAAAGAACACCACCGAGUAUAUGAAACGCGGAUGGUGCAUCGCAGAAUCACAAUGGUCCAGCCUGCGAAAUUCCAACAAGUUUGGCCACUACUUGGACCGAGACUCAUCCGUGCGAUGCGCACCCAAAGGACCAGCAGCUUUCCGUCGAGAUCUUGCCAUGGGAGACGUUCACUUCACCCAUCGAGGGGAUUUUCUGCCACUGGUGGCAGCGCAGCAAAAUGCCUUUGACAGGAAAGCAAGCGAAGCUCGGGAGUUGGACUUGGACGAACUGCCAGCAUGCGAGAUUGACAUACUCGCCGAUUCCCUGCAGUCCUUCCGGGUCCUACAGCAGCUGAAGCUGACCAAUUGCCGUUUAGACCAGCUCACAGCUGCCACAGCUGCAGAUGAUCGGGGGGAUCGGGGUUUUCGGGCCUUUGUGCGGCGUCUCUGCUGGAUCCCGUCCCUGAAGAAGGUGUCUCUGCAACAGUGUUGGCUGGCCGAUGAAGAGAUGAAGCCCAUUGCCGAGGCAUUCGCCGCCUCCUGCCCCUGGGAGAGCUUGGAUCUGAGCCAGAACAAGAUUGCAGGUGCCGGAGUCAAGGUUCUCGCCGAUGGAAUCAAAGAAAUCAAACCCGGCUUAGGGUUGAAAGAGCUUCUCUUGGCGGAGAAUGACAUUCAAGACGCUGACGCCAAGAUCUUGUUCAAAGCUUGGGUGGCCCUGCACGACCAGGGCCACGCAUCCACAUUCUUUGAUGUGGUGGACCCCGCACUUCUGAAAAAAUGGAAGCGGACGCGGGACAAGAGCCCUAAGAUGGACUUGAGCAAGAACUGUCUCACAAAGGAUUGCAUCUCGGAGCUGCAAGGCAUGAAUGACAUGAGGACGAGAAGCGUUCAUAUUGAGCUCCUGGUCGAUGCGCAGAAGGAGUCGGAAGAGAUCCCCAUGAUCGCCCCUACCAAUGCGCUUCAUGCGCUUCAAGUUGAUGAGCCGCCGGAGGAUGUGCACAUGGAGGAUGAGGACCCGGCCAGGAAGCUAGCAGAUGAGAUGAUCUUGGAAGCCGGUGAAGUCUCAAAGCAGGCUAAGCCAUCCUCAUGUUCAUGUGAGGUGUGGCUUUGGCCCUCAACGAAGCCAUCGACACAUGAUUACAAUCUUAGUCUUGCAAGCGUGCUCCCACGAAACUUGUGA